GACGAGGUCAGUGACGUCAGACGCAAAACUCCGGGCUUACCACGGGAGCGUAAGCGGCGAAGAAUUCCUUUUGGAGGUAUCUUUGAGCUCGCUGAAUAGACAUCAUGAGCAAAGCUCACCCCCCCGAGCUAAAAAAAUUUAUGGACAAGAAGUUAUCAUUGAAAUUAAAUGGUGGCAGACAUGUCCAAGGAAUCUUGCGGGGAUUUGACCCCUUUAUGAAUCUUGUGAUAGACGAAUGUGUGGAGAUGGCAACUAGUGGGCAGCAGAACAACAUUGGAAUGGUGGUAAUACGAGGCAAUAGUAUCAUCAUGUUAGAAGCCUUGGAACGAGUAUAGAGAAUGGCCGUGUCCACCAGAGAAACCAUCUGCUUCCACGUCCCCUCUCCACAUCUCCCGUUUUAUUACAGUAUAAAAAUUGAGUCUUGUACAUUUUCACAUUGAACUUUUGUUAAAUAAAUUUUUGUAUUAGUCAAAAAA